AUGAACUCUCAGAAUCAAAGACGGAUAAAAGUCGAAGACGAAGAAGCAUUACCACCAAAGAAAUGGAUUCGUGGUGUCAAUUUGGGCGGCUGGCUACUAGCGGAACAAUUCAUCACGCCGUAUCUCUUUGCUGUCAAUAGUUGUCACGUCCAGGGGGAUUUUUGUUGGUAUCCUGGCCAAAUCGGAGCCCCCAAAGACAAUGACAAUUGGUGUCAUCCUGAAAAAUGCAGAGCCGUUCAAAAGUUUGUCCAAGAAGAUGGCAAUGCUGAUUAUCAUCCCAAGAGUGCCACCCCCUACCUUGGCUAUCCGAUGGAUGAAAUGUCCCUCGGCCAAACCUUUGAUCGAAAGGAUAUCGCUCGCAAAUACAUGGAACGUCACUGGGAUACCUUUCUCACCAAACAGAAUCUGAUCGACCUCCAAGAAGCUGGAAUCACGCAUUUGCGAGUCCCCAUGGGAUUUUGGAUACGUGACAAUAUCCAAGAUGGUGAACCAUGGAUUGGAGGUGGUUGGCCCUACUUUGUCCGUAUGGUAAAAUGGUGUCGUGAGAUUGGUGGACUCGAGGUUUGGGCGGAUCUACAUGGAGCACCAGGAUCCCAAAACGGCUUUGACAAUUCUGGUUACCUCCUGGAGCCCCACACAUGCAAGGGAUGGUCCGAUCGACCGGAAAAUGUCGCACGAACUGUCGAAGUCCUGGCGGAUAUCGUGCAUGCUAUUGUAGAUGAGGAUAUGGGCGAUAUUGUCACUGGAGUUGGAUUGUUGAACGAACCCAUGUUGGAUUGUGAUCAAGAUGUUCUGCGUCAAUAUUACAAUGAGGGAUUAGAAAUCGUACGAAAUCUAAUGGGGAAAGAUACGUCAGUCUUCGUCGGUGAUUUGUUUCAGAGUUGGAGAUUCAAUGAUGGCUUUUGGGAAGAUGAACCCAACACCUUUUUGGAUACCCAUCAGUAUCACGUCUUUUUCGAAAUGGGCCGUGCGUUUACACCGAGACAACAUAUUGCGUAUCUAUGCCGCCACAAUUCGCAAGAGGUAACUGCCUGCUGCUAUGGAGAUGCUCCCAACAAUACCAUUCCCAACGUCAAUGGGAUGCAAAAGAUUGUGGGGGAAUGGACUGGUGCCUACGACCAGCUCCCAACCGCGGUGGCACCCUACAUUAUGGAAGUCAUUGGUGAAACAGGGGUAGCUCCACAGUUGAAUCGAACUUUGUCGAGAGCUCGGAUGCACUUUUUGGAGACUUUUGUCAAGGCACAAAUGGUGGUCUACGAAGCCAAGCACGACGUUGUUUCACACGGUUGGUUCUUUUGGAACUUUCAUAUGGAAGGUGGAGCCUAUGCGGAAUGGGAUUUUUUGCGCGGCGUCAAGGAAGGCUGGAUGCCAAAAUUGCCUCCUCCGACCGUUGCUUCCGAGGACCUGUUUGGUACUUGCCUAGACAUUUACAAUCAGACCAAUAACGACUACAGUGCCAUCAUUGAUGAAUACCCAGAUCCAAGCGAGUUGGAUUGGACCAAGAACCAAGGUUGGGAGGCCACGGACGAUUUCGUUUUGAGUGACCCGAGUGCCCCAGAACGAUUGUACGGCCCUGUCAAACCAAGGCACCGCCAUCCAUUACCGUGGUUGUUUAUUAUGGUCGUCAUAGCAACGGGGCUCUGGUUCUCCUAUCGAAGACAAAGGGCGAUGCGUAGACAAGAUUACGAGACCUUGAAAUAG